CUCAGGCGGCGGUGAUAAGGGAAACAAGGAAAGGAUCGGAAUGGCAGUCAACUCUGGCUAAGUGGGGCAGCUUAGUGAGUGUUUGAAGUGUACGCAAAGAGAACAUUUUGGGGACUGACCUGAGUUUACACUUUUACUGAUUUUGCCUUUUUUUCAAUUAAGCUUGGUGGUCAAGAGCUGGUGCUUUGCAGGUCGCGGUCUGUUCUGACACCGCGUGCCUCUGUGUGGCUUUGGGCAAGUUACCUGCCCGAGCUUCAGGGUCUAUCUCUGUGAAAUGGAGCUCACGGGACUUUUGUGAAGAUGACAUUAGACAGUGUGUGUAAAGUGCUUAGCACAGUGCCUUGCACAAAGGAAAUGCCCAGUAACUGGAUAGCUAACAGCCAGGAGAAACGUAGUGGAAAAUGCAAAACAACGAAAUCAUAAAACCUGCCAAAUACUUCUCAGAAUUGGAAAAGAGCAUCCUGCUGGCUUUAGUAGAAAAGUACAAGUAUGUGCUGGAGUGUAAGAAAAGCGACGCGCGAACUAUUGCCCUCAAGCAGCGUACCUGGCAGGCGCUCGCCCAUGAAUACAACUCGCAGCCUAGCGUGUCGCUGCGGGAUUUCAAACAGCUGAAGAAGUGCUGGGAGAACAUCAAGGCUCGGACCAAAAAGAUUAUGGCCCAUGAAAGGAGAGAGAAAGUGAAACGGAGCGUCAGCCCCCUUCUGAGCACCCACGUCCUGGGGAAGGAGAAGAUCGCCAACAUGCUGCCCGAGCAGCUGUACUUCCUGCAGAGCCCUCCCGAGGAGGAGCCCGAGUACCAUGCUGAUGCCGCCACCCAAGAAUCAUUUGCUGUUUCAAAUAGAGAACUGUGCGAUGAUGAGAAAGAGUUCAUACAUUUCCCAGUAUGUGAGGGGACCUCCCAACCUGAACCCUCGUGUUCAGCUGUCAGAAUAACAGCCAAUAAAAACUACAGGAGCAAAACCUCUCAGGAAGGUGCUUUAAAAAAGAUGCAUGAGGAAGAACACCAUCAACAAAUGUCCAUCUUACAACUGCAGCUGAUACAGAUGAAUGAGGUGCAUGUGGCCAAAAUCCAGCAGCUAGAGCGAGAGUGUGAGAUGGCAGAGGAGGAACACAGGAUAAGAAUGGAAGUUCUCAAUAAAAAGAAGAUGUAUUGGGAAAGAAAACUGCAAACUUUUACCAAGGAAUGGCCUGUUUCCUCAUUUAACCGGCCCUUUCCCAAUUCACCCUAAGACGGUGGGGUGUGGCUCCCUUGUAAUUAAUCUGUGUUGGCAAAGAAGGCCUGGAACACGAACUUGCGGUCGGUAGCCUGUCACAGAGCUACAACUAGGAAGAUGAGAGUGGUAGUAGUCACUUAUUUAAGAAUACAUUCAGGUAAACAGCUGCACCCUAUGUACCCCUGAAGUGGCAAAGAAGCUGUUCGAGUCUUCUGAAAAUUAUCACUAUGAGUGCUAUCAUUCUGAAUGUAAUGUCUCUUAAUUAGAAUUCAUACAAGAACCAUGUGUGAGUGUUGUUGUUGUAUUUUUUUAAUCAAAUGCAAGUGUGACUAUAAAGGAGUGUGGCUGGGUUUUGUGGGUUUUUUUUUUUUUUUUUAAAUAGACGUCAGACCUUGUCCAUCCAAAUGAACGCCCUCCCAUUGAAAGUGGCUGUCCUGGGAGGACACACGUUUCUCCAGUGGUGAUGCUGUCGCUGAGAAUUUGCUAGAGGUCUUUCGGAGCCUCCACAAGAGCUACAGCACACUUUUCAUUUUUUCAAUGUCAUCUUUGGAGUGUGGAUUUUCUGUUUUUAAACAGCCGAACAUAAUGGAAGGCUCUUUUCUAAUGUGGCUCAUAGGCUGCCUUUUAAGUCCUUCCUUUCCCCAAAGAGGAGUUCCAAAUAAUGUCUCCAGCAGGUGUAGCUUUGUUGGAACUAAGGAUGUGACUACUUUGAGGGAGAAACGUUCGUUUAGAGCUCUACAUUCUGUCCUGCUUGUUUUAUUAAAAGACAAGACUUGUGAUUUUAUAGUCACACUGUGUAUGUUUUUGAAAGGUGCUGCCCGCCCCCACUGUGCUACAGUUUUUGCCUUCCUGCUGUAGUUUCCUACCGACUUUGUACUACUGAGUAAAUGGUUGCCCUUGUUUUUAAUCUUUAGCCACCUAAGGCAAGGCCCUUCCCUCGCCAUGCUCCUGGUGCUAGCUAAUAGUGAUGCUACGUAGUCUGCAGAGUAUGCAGUUAGUAUUGAGCUUUUGCAGAAUCCAUUACCAAUGUAUUUGGAAACGUGGAUUGAUAAAUGGAUAUUUUGACUGAGCUGUGAUAUAACUUCUCCUGUAGCCUAGUGUGAAAAACAGCCUUGGGAGUUGGGCAUAACAGUAGCUGGAAGAAGCAAAGUGACAGUUAAGUGCCAAGGCAGGUCAGCAAUUUCUGAGAAUGAAAGUUCAAGGCCAUGUGGUGGGGAAGGAGGAGUGUGUGUGACAGAGGCUAUAUAGGGAGUGUAGGACGAGGAGUCAGGGCUUGAAUUCUGAGCUUGGCUCUGUCUCAAGUGCUGUGUGACCUUAAGUUACUCCAUUUAGUCUUUGGCCCUGGUGUUUCCCGUCUAUAGAACAGGAGAGUUGGUCUAGGUGAUGGUUAGAAUCUGCUACAGCUCCUUGACUGUGAUUUGAUCUGCACAGUCUUGGAUGAGUACUGCUAACAUCAUGAUUGUCCGGAGGACGCGGGUCAACAGGGAGAGGUUACUGCAGUGGCUAAGCUUCCUUCCUUUCAUAAUUUUGGAAUUUGGGUCCUGGGGUCUGUAUAUACUAAUAUACUAAUAUAUGCACUGCAUAAAACUUAAGUGGAUAUCAAUUUAUUUUACACACUGAUCAUAUUUUAAAUAUCUUAGAGGAACUGGUUAUUUGAAGGAACCCUGUGAAGACUAGUCUUCUUUCAAAGGAAGGAUGCUUUUGUAAGGAUUUGUGUUCUUAAUUUAGUUUUUACCAAAUGGACCCUUUAGAGAAGCAGCAUCUGGAAAAAGUCCCAAACGUAACCUAUUUAUGGGAGACAUUAGGGCAGAGAGUGGCAGGUCCUCAACACAGAUGAUAUGGACUGAGAAAAGUUUGCCUUUGCUUCACCUAUUGAGCCAUCUGGAAAUCUCCUUAAUAUGCAGAUUCUGGUGGGGGGGCCUGAGAUUGUGCAUUUCUCACAAGCUCCCAGGUUAUGCCAGUUCUGCUUGUCUGGUCACCACCAUUCUGUGUAGCAAGGUUUUAGAGGACCCAGUGAACCUUUUACCUGUUCUCAAAAAAAAAAAAAAAAAACCCAUUAGGUUAGGUAUACUUUUGUGUACAGCAUUGUGCCGGAUAUUAUUCCUCUCUCAGAAUUUACCACCUAAUCACACAAAUAACAAUGUAGAACAGCACAAAAAAUGCUCACGCACAUAAUGGAACUAUAAAAGCAUCGAACUAAUUCCUAACUGAACAAAUAAAGGAUAAUUAAACCAGCAGGCUAAAGCACCUUGUUCUACUGUUAAUGGUAUUUACGAGUUUAUAACAGUUUUCAACCUUGAGUAUGCAUUAGAAACAGUAUUUUAUAAAAAAUUAGUCCCGCUGGGUCCCACUCCCAGGGGAUUCUCAUUCAGUUUACCUGGAUUGAGGCCUGGUCCUCUAUAUUUUUUGGAAGCUUUACAGGGAGUGAUGAUGCCCAGUUGGGAUUGAGAACCACUGGUGUAGAGUUCACAAAUGUGUCUCAUUUGGUCCUUAGUCCUGUGAAGUCCUGCAGAAGUGAGGAAAUGAUGCUCAGAGAAGAACCGCCUGCACCAGGAUGAAACCUAGUGAACAGCAAAGCAGAACCUCAGUCCUAGGUCUCUCGACUCAAAAACAAAUAGGCCCACCUGCCUUCCCCCACCCCAUCCCUCAAAGCUAUAUCGUGGAUUUGCUUUACCCCGAGAGCCAGAUCACAUCUACAGGAUACUUGUAAUGCCUCCACUCAUGAACAGGUACAUCCCAAUUCAUUCCACUUUUGAGUAGUUCCUUACCUGAGGUGGAAAUGCAAUAAUCAUUUCUUGGUAGAUGCUGUAGAGAAUUGACCGAUAAAUACUAAGACACAGUUCAUCAUCCCCUGACCUGCCAAAUAAUGGACACAGCCCAGUAGGGGACAUAAGACUUGUAUACAGCUAUCAUGUACUUGAUCAGGCACGUCUUCUAAAGGAUUUGAAGCCUAGCAGAGAGUGAAGAAACUUGAAGGAAAGCCUGGAGGAGGUAGCAUUUGAGCUAAAUCUUUAGAGUUGGUAUUUUGGUAGGUGCAGAUUCAGAAAGGAGAGGAACUUCACUAGAUGCAAGGUCCUGUUGAAGGUUCAAGAUGGUGAGACACAUAAUUGGGAGGACAUGGGAGAAUAUCCAAAUUAGGCAGUAACAUGAUCAAAACUGUGCUCCAGGAGGAAGAUUAGAAGAUGGAAUUGAGUUUAGAGAAGACUGGAGUUCAGGAGAUGAGGUAGGAGGGUUUGGUUACGAUGAGAUGAUAGGAGCACCUAGUAAAAAACGAGGGAGACCAAUGUGAAGGGCGUUGCUGAAGUGGAAUCAGUCAGUCUUGGCAGCACAUUGCUUUUGUUGGAGGGGAUGGGUAAAGUUUUAAAGCUAGAUGCCGGAAAGAAUGAUGCUGAUUGAAAUAAAGAACGGAUGCAUUUCUGGCUGACGUGUCCUAGGAGAGGCCUAGACAUGAACUAGUGCAGUUGUUCCCACCCACUCAGCCUCAAACAUCAGCACCUCCUCCCGUCUCCUCUUCGGCUGUCACCUCUUUGCUCUGGCUUCUGCCUCUUCAGCCUCCUGUGCUGCCUCUUGCACCUGUUCAUCUGACGUUUUAACCCCUCCCUGCUGGGUCCUUGUCCCUCGACUCAAUUUGGUGCUCCCUCUGCCAUCAGUACCUCCAGUGCAGCUGGUGGUGCAUCAGUCACCAUCUCUUAUAAUGGCUUCACACUUGAAAGAGCAGGAAAGACUAUAGUUGAUGCUUAACAACCAGGGGGCUAGGGGUGCCCACCACCCCCAGCUGUGGAAAAUCCGCUUAUAACUUUACAUUCAGGCCUCUGUAUCUGCAGUUCUGCAUCUGGGGAUUCAAUCAACUGCGGAUGGUGUGCUGUAGUACCCAUUUAUUGGAAAAAAAAAUCUGAGUAUAAGUGGACCAGCACAGUUGAAACCCAUGUUGUUCAAGGGUCAACGGGAUGUCUUUUUUUAUUUUUUUAAAUAUUUAUUUAUUUAAUUUAUUUUGGCUGCGCUGUACCAGGUCUUAAUUGCAAAUUGCAACAUGUGGGAUCUUAUUUUUUAUUUUUAUUUUUUUUUACUUGUGGCACGCGGGCUUCUUAGUUGCGGCAUGCAUGUGGGAUCUACUUCCCCGACGAGGGAUCGAACCCAGGCCCCUGCAUUGGGAGUGUGGAAUCUUACCUACUGGACCACCAGGAAAGUCCCUCAACUGGAUUUCUUUAUCUUGAGCUUCAAUUCUUUUCUAGCUGGCAUCCACAAAUUUCAGGGUAUUUUUUAAGUGUCCCAUGUUGUGUAAAGGUACACUGGCUGAGAGGGGAUGUUAAUUCCCAUGUAUCCCUAUUACAGUCUGUUUCCAAAAAUCAAACAUAGAAUCCUACCUUAUUAAUGCAUUAAAAAUUAGCAAAUAUUUUAGGAACUUUUCAGGGAGAAUCUUAAAAUGCAUUGGCUUUUUUUUUUUUUU